AUGAGGAAAUUCACCUUAGUAAUAAUCCUCACAGUGGUUGUAAUAACGACGUGCAUGUAUUCGUUGAAGAGGGCCGCCCCUAAGCAGAGUCUCCACAUUUUGGAGAAGAGAAAGAAAUGGUAUUUUGUGAGAUACCCCAAAACAAAGGACCAUAUAAGAAGUACCAUCCUAAGGAGGAAAGAAAAUUUCCAUAUGAAGAUCUACGGAAAAGACCACAGAAAUCCACACCUGGCAUACGAAUAUGUAAAUAAAAUAAUUGAGAACAAAAAGUACGAAGUGAGCAAACUGUUAGAAGAAAAUUUUGAAGAAGACAACCCUCUACAGAUCAGAAUGAAAUAUUUACAACACACGAUGAAUAAUAAAUUGUCGGAGAGUCUUAAGAGGACAAGUCCAGAUGAGAAACACAGAUUGUCCAUGGUAGCUGACAUGAAGAGAAAAAUAUUUUGCAGUGUCGCUAGAAAGGAGGAGGGAGGGAAACACCCCACGGUAGAUGAAGUAAUAACCGAAGAGGGAAAAUCCCAAACGGAGGUAAGCACUGGAAAAUAUACCGAAAAAAGAAGACGCAUAUGGAAGGAAGAAAAUUACAUGUAUCAAAAUAAUUUUCUCAAUUUAGCGAACCCAGGCAAUGUCAGUAUGAUGCUCCACGAAAUAGGGUUCGACGUGCUGAUAGUCAAUAUAGAUAAUCUGUCCGCCCAGGGUAAUUUAAACGAUUUAUGUGAUGUGAUUGGGAGCUCGAGAAAGUUGCCCCGAAAUGUGCGUCCUGCAGUAGUGGUGGAUGAUGUGAUAAUUCACCCCAUUCAAAUUGCUCUAGCAGUGGAGAACAAAGCAGAUGGGAAUGACCUAGAAGAUAUGCUAAACUAUUGUGUUAACUUAGGCACUCAAGCAAUUGUAGAGGUACACGAUUACAACGAUAUUUACUUUGCCACUCAGUGUGGGAGCUACAUACUAAUGAUUAACGAAUUCGAUUUUUUGAAUAAUCAAUAUGAGUACAAUCAUGCGAUAAAGGCUAUCAGCUACAGCAUCCCUGAGUUAAUUACCAUUGCUAAAAUUAAUGUGGAUGAUUUAAAUUAUGUACACAAGUUAGGUAGUCUAGGUUAUGACAGCAUAUGUUUAGAAAAGAAGCUAGUGGAUAAUGAUUUGCCCAAUUUUGUUGAGGGUUGUAAGAGUUGGAAUGCUCCUCACAAAACACUGCUCUAUAUGAAUAGGAACAAUUAUUUGAAAAAUUUUCUAACUUAUACGAAUAAUCCAUCGGGGGAAACACACAAGGACAUUACGGACAAUUUGAAGAAAAUCUACGAUGAUAAGAAUCUGCAAAAUAGGACUUCUCACGAGCUUUUGAAAAAUUACGAAAGGGAUUUUAUCGAUGCGGUAGAGGAGGGAGCACCUGGGCAGUCGAGCGAUCCACAACACACACAGCAGGGGAGGACAGACCCACUUGGAACGGGAGAUAAACCAAAUGGUAAUAAUAACCCCUUGGUGGAAGAAGGAGAAAAGCUAAAGGAUAACCUCCUAACGAGUGACGAAAAGAAAAUCGUGCAAAAUUUUAAAAGGGAAAAAAAAAGAGAACUAUUCCUUCUGAACCAAAUGAAAGACAUCAUAAAGCAAGUGGAUGAUCAGUGCAAAAAUUACGACUCCUUUUCUGAAGAAGAAAAUAAAAAGAAGGAAGAAAAUUUGGAAACCCUUUUGGAAAACUUUACCAAAAUGGAUAAAAAUUUUUUAAGAGGGUUUUUUUCAGAUGAAGAAAUUAAGAACAUAGAGAAUAGUAUUAAGAAGUCCAUUCAGCAAAAGGAGAAAAUCGAAAAGGGGGAAAUAAACAUUGACGAUAACAGUGUGGCUAGGGACAUUUAUGGCAUUCCGACUAACCAGGGGGAAGACUUUGACAUUUCGAAACUGACCAAGGAGUUUUUUGACAACGAUUCCGGGGGGGAGAAACUGUCGGAUGGGGGUUCACAGAAAAAAUUAGGGGGUGAUUCCUCAGAUGGGGCAUCUUCCAGGGGGGUGGACUCGCAGUAG